AUGACGGGGAAUAAUUUCACGGAGGUGACUUUCUUCAUCCUCUCUGGAUUUGCAAAUCGCACUGAGCUGCAAAUCAGACUUUUCUUGAUGUUUCUUUUUAUUUAUCUAUUCACUGUUUUGGGGAACCUUGGACUGAUUGUAUUAAUUAAAAUUGACUCUCAGCUUCACACACCCAUGUAUUUUUUCCUUAGCAAUUUAGCAUUCAUUGACAUAUUUUAUUCCUCUACUGUAACACCCAAGGCACUGGUGAAUUUCCUGUCAAAACAGAAAACCAUCUCCUUCAUUGGCUGCUUUGUCCAAAUGUACUUUUUUGUGGGCUUGGUGUGUAGUGAGUGUUUUCUUCUGGGAUCGAUGGCCUAUGACCGCUAUGUUGCAAUCUGUAAUCCCUUAUUGUAUUCAGUAGUUAUGUCACAGAAAGUAUGUAACUGGCUGGGAGCAAUGCCAUAUACAGUAGGCUUCACCAAUUCUCUGAUAUCCAUCUGUGUGAUCAGCAGUUUGGCAUUCUGCGAUAUUAGCAUCAAUCACUUUUUCUGUGACACCACAGCUCUUUUGGCCUUGUCCUGUGUGGAUAUAUUCAGCACAGAAAGGGUGAUCUUUGUUUUGGCUGGGUUCACCGUUCUUAGUUCUCUCUUCAUCAUCAUCACCACUUACAUUGCCAUCAUCUCAGCCAUCCUGAAGAUCAGGUCUGCAGCAGGCAGACAGGCCUUUUCCACCUGUGCAUCCCACCUUAUGGGUGUGGCCAUCUUCUAUGGGUCCCUGAUUUUCACAUAUUUGCAGCCUGAUAACACAUCAUCCUUGACCCAGGCACAGGUGGCAUCUGUAUUCUACACCAUUGUCAUUCCAAUGCUGAAUCCACUCAUCUAUAGUUUGAGGAACAAAGAUGUAAAAAAUGCUCUCCUGAGAGUCAUGCAAAGGAAACACUUUGCAUGA